UGCACCUACAAGCUAGCUCCCAAACCGCCAGUAAACCAAAAGAAGAAGUACUUCGUAUACACAACGCUGUAAAGGCAGCUGAAGAAAUGGAUACAAAUUGUUUGUUUGUUUUAAAGCUUUGAAUGAAAUUUGGUUCUAUCUUUAUGAACAAUUGUUGGUAUCGACGUUGUUGUCUUUACAUUUAAGUUAAUCUAACACUCGUGAGAGUUUUAGUUAACGUUAGCCUCAGGUUAGUCUGCUAUCUGCAGAGUAACAAUAUCUUUGCAAGAUAAAUGUCUGUUAGACGCGCUCUGGUAGAUUGUGUUGUGUUAUCUCUGCAAGAUGCCUGUGUGGUUUAUCCGUGCUGCAAAGGCUGCUUCUCCAGGAUUUAUGUUGAACAGCAGGACACGACGAGAUGCAGAUGCUCCAAGUGUGGUUACAGCUGUCCAAGGGAACAGGUUGAGCACAGAUACCGCCUCUCACUGAGGGUGGCCCGGGAAAGAUGCAUAUUUGGAGUAACAGUUUUUGGAACCUGCUUGAAUGUAUUCUUUGGCCUUCCUGCAAGUGGUUUACAGAGGUUGGUGGAAAACUCGGAGGGACCAGCUGGAGCAUCAGCCAGAUCCACAUUUUUGGUGAAAGCUGUCGAGGACUGUUUCAUUGGCAGACAUUUCGUCUUUGGUAUAAAGGUAACCGAAACAGAAAGAAGGCCUUGGUUAGGAGGGGCUGUUGCGAAUGGCUCCAGCAGUAAAAACACAGUCCAGUUUAUUGCCAGUCAGAUGAUUCUCCCCAAAGCUACAGGCCUGGAAGGCUGCACAGUGGUCAGUUAUUAUCGAAUCCUUCUUCAGAAAGCUGCAGAGCUGGGUUCCUCCAGACCCCCAGCAGCAACCCUGCUGCUGAUUCCACGUCUUUCUCCAGCCGGCAGUUUCAGUAAUGCCUCACUUUGUGCCUCAGGUCUUCUUUCCCAAUCACUGCAAAGAUCACAGUACCAAGACUGCUCUCUAACUCCCACCCCUCCAUGGCAACAAUCACUAGGUCUAGUUACUUCAUCAGCAGAGCAGGAAGAAAGCUAUUGUACCCAGGACAUUGGAGAUGAGAACAGCCGACCGACAGACAACAACAGAACACCACAUCCUACGCAGAGAGGCUGUCUGGAGAACCAUAAAGGCACAGACGAGACAGAGCUGUCACCUCUUCUUUCUUUAGAGUGCAGUUCUAACAAUAGUCAGUCAUUAGCCAAAUACCCAUACUCAUCUGUUGAGAAAGCUGUUGGAAACACCUCCAUCCUGAAGAGUUGGUUUAGUAUCUCCUCGCCUGGCCACAGCUGCUCCAAGGCAAAGGGGUUUUCUUCCAGGCAACACCCAGACGCAUGUUUGUCAAGCUCCUUGGCUUGGGAGGAUUUGCCUUUUUCGGAGAGUCUGACAGAGUAUUUGUGUGAGGAAAACCAAGAUGUCGCUUUGCAAAAUCACAAAAAAACAGCGAGGAACAACCUGGAAGUCAGAUCACAAGACAAGAACUUACAACUAAAAUCAGCUUCUGUUUGUCAAGGUAACACAGAGAUAACCGAUAGCCACUCACAAAUAUUAUUGGACGUCACAAAUACACCUGCAGUGAAUGAAGGUGACAGACAUGGUUUAUCUGAGCAGGUAUGUGAGAGCACUGUUGGAUGUGUAAGCAAAAGUCCAGCCAGAAACAUUUCUUCUCACAAGUAUAAUCCGGGAGAUGAGAAAGCUAGUUCUCUGUCUUUUGAUAACGAAGAAGAGCAGCUUGAAGGGGAUACCUACAAUUGUUCAGCAGAUCUAUUCAGCAGCUCACUGCAGGUCGAUAUGAACACAAACAUGCUCGACUUGCAUGCGGAAAGUGUCAGGAUGACCACAGAUGCUUGCUCACUACUUUCCAUGCCAGACAAACCGCACGUGAGGAGUGAAACGUCUAAUGUUCCACAUUCAACUCCAGACACACACAAACUAAAAAGUAAUAAAUGCAAUAACAGAGAGAGUUUAAUUCCACCAGGCACACACGAUCUUGACUUCAUCCCUCCCAUUCAGUCCACCCCCAUUGUAAAAGUAGCUGUUCUUCCAGGGUCACCUGCCGCCUCAUACAGAACAUUGACAGUAGGUGAAUUCAUUUCACUAGCUGACAGUCGAGAUUCUUUAGCUUUUUCCAGAAGUCUGACUGAAUUGGACAGUAAAAAGCCAGCCAAAAUCACCUCCUCUCUUUGCAAAUUAAACUACGUCAGUGCUAACCGGCUGCCUCAACGUGGCAGAGAGUCUACGAAAGAAAGCAGACACAGCCACGGAUUUACCCUGAAAAGGAGGUUCUGCAAACCAGACAAGCAUAAAAACCAUCUGCUGACUCAGCACCACCUGAGGAUCCAGAGAGAAGUUCAAGUGACAGGGCCAACAGGAAGGACAGACCACAAAAGUGAUUGUGAUGUGACUGUGUGUGAUUGGGAGGACAGUGAAGUCAUUAUUGUUCCUCCUACUCCAGCUGCUAAAACAGGACAGAGUCAGAAGCACAGAAGAAUGCAGACUGAGAUCAGCAGCAGUAAUUUGGGUUGUACUUGGGAAGGAAAGUGGGGAGAUGGAGUUAAUUCUAAAAGAUCUCUGUUGGAUCAAACUCUCACAUCAUCACAGAGAGGUCUGGCACAAACAGGAAAUUGUGACAGUGAGAUUGAUGAGGGGAGUCUGAAUGGAUCUAAUUGUUACCUCCUUGAUGAUCAGAACGAGGCAUGUGACUGGUCUAGAGAUCUGUUCUCUGACUCAGUAUGAGAGGUGCUGUUGCAGAUGGACUUCACAAAUGAUUUAACGUUUUUAUUUCUUUUAUUUUUAUGUAUUUCAGGCUGGCAUCCAAAGUUAUGAUAGAGCUGCUUUUGUGUUGAAAGAGUCUUAUUGCUGCUACUACUAGCAGUACUGUUGCUGGUAUUCCAACUCUGCUGAAGGAUCCAAGAAUAAAGCACAUUUAUUAAAUACUAAAGAUA